AUGUGUGCAAAAAUAUUUGAAAAGGAAAAUUAUGAAAAAGAAACAAAAUUUUGUAGCACUUGUCAUGAUAAAUUUAAAAGAACAUCCGAUAAUUAUCAUCUCGAUUUUGGUGCCGAAUGUGAAAGUGAAUCAAAUCAUGUUACAUCAUCAAAUUGCGAAUUAUCAUCACCUGAUAAUUUACUUAAAAAUAAUGCGAGAAGGAAAAAAAAUUUCAAAAGUAAAUCUAAAUUAAAACUGAAUAAUAAUAAUAAUAAUAAUAAUAAUAAUAAUAAUAAUAAUAAUGAAAAUGAAAAUUUUGACACUUUAUCAUCGCCUGGUACGAAUGUUUCACCCGUUUCAUUCAAGGAAAAUUUUAUCGGUAUAAAUUAUAAAAAUAAAUUAUUGGCUGUUAAAAAAAUAAGUACGACAGAUUUUGGCGCGCACAUUUUGGAUUUGAUGGGGAAAGUAGAUGUAAAAGAAUUUGAAAAAACAAUUUGUAUUAAAAUCCCAGGGAAAAAACAUAAUCACGUGACCAUUCCGGAUGUCGAUCAUAAUUUUAUAGAUGAGGAAAUACAAACAGGGUUUACAGGUUUUGACGAUGGAUUUUCCGACGACGAUACGGGUACAAUAUUUAUUUUACCCGGUUUGAAUAAAAUUCGUUACGGAAUCGUUUUUAAUGAUAACGUUGAUAAAAGUUUAACAAAGUUGAAAAAGUGUUUGGAACUUUUGUCUUGUAAUUUGGAACCUCGUGCAGGACGUGAAAAUGAUGUCGUCGUAUUUCACGACGAUCACUAUAACGAUUAUACUGGGAAAAUUAUUGAAAAAAAAACCGACGGAAAUUAUCGCGUGGGUUUAUUUAACGAAAGAUGUUUCGUCACCGUGAAAGAAGUAUUUCCGGUCAAUGGGAAAAUUGAUUUUGGUCAAUGUGUGGUUUUGGUUAAAAUCGACGAGAUUUUUUCUGAAAAUUUGUUUUCGAAUUCUAAAUAUUUUUCGUUUCGAAUUAAAGACAAUGUUGGAAAUGAUGAGUGGCUUUGCCAGAUCAAAAGUGAAGAUGGUAGGGAAACCAUUGCCAACGCGCUCAUUUCCAAAUCUGAUGAAACCGACAUCGUUGGAUUUUUUCUAAAAUCUGGUCGAUCCGUUAAUUUAACAUCAAUCGGUUGUAAAAAUAAUUUAUACGUUCAAAAAUCGGGAAAAAAAUUUCAAGCGCUGUUGGAGAGCAUACAUCACCAACUUGCGAAUUGCGUGGAAAAUGACGAAUCACCGAAAAUCGGAGAACUCUAUUGCGUCAAAUUUAAAAAAAAGGAUUUAAAUUUUUUUCGCGGAUUAGUAAAAUCCAAUGUCGAAGACGUGACAUGUUUAAUACAUUUCGUUGAUUAUGGAUUUGCGGAAAGGAUUCCUUUCGGAAACUUAUUUCCGAUAUCGAAAAAGUUGAAAUCGAUACCAUUUUUGGCCGUUGAAAUAACUUUACUACGGAGUCGAAGUGGUGGAUUCACGUACGAAAAAUAUUUAGAAAAAGUAAUUUUAAAAGAAAAAACAUCCGGGAAAUGCGUUAAUGAUUACGUGAAAAAUUCGAUGGGGGAAAAAAAUGUCGAGGAUAACGAAACCGUCGUUAAAUCCGAUGUUUCAAACGAAGAUUCCAUCGAUGACGAUGAGGUGAUUUUACAAUUCAGCCAUCUUACGUAUCCGUCAUUUAAAAAAGGAGAAAAAUAUAAUUUGUUUAUAUUAUAUUUGAACAACGUGGAAUUCAAUGAGAAUUGCACGUUUUGGGCAUCCGACGUGUCGGAUUCGAAUUUUCUCUACGUCAACACGGAUUUGACUUCCGCCAUUGAAAAAUAUUGCAAUGAAGUGUCCACGUCACCGUAUUCCCCUCUCACGGGAGAACUUUGUUUGGGACAAUUCGAAGAUGCCGGGAAAAUAAUGGAGUGUAAAGAUUUGACAAAGAAAAUAUUUAAAGCGUUUAAAGAAAAAGUAAAUUCGGAAUUUUACGAAGCGGAAGUUUGCGGUUACGAUGAUAAUUCGUCGGUCAUUGUGAAAAUUUGCGAAAUUGAAAACAUGGCAGAUGACGGAAAAGGAGUCGUCAUGUGA